GAUAAAGAAGUAAGCAAGUGUAAUUGGUGCUUGAAGGACAAGAAAUAUUGUUAUAGUGGUUUUAUAACUGACUGGGAUUGGGAUAAAGUUGAAUAUGAAAAUUAUAAGUGGUGCAAACGGUGCCAAAAAACUAAUCAUAAUACGAAUGAUUGUUG